GAAAUUUUAUCAGCUAUCCAUUAAUAGUACUCCUAGAAAAAUCGAUAUCCUUUUCGACCUUUAGCCAAAAAAAUAAAUAUAAUAUUGUUAUUAUUAAAAUCUGUAUCUUCUCCGGAUCUGCUUAUUAUAGCACUUAAAUACACAGGGGUGUUUUCGUUCUUCAGAAACAGAGAGAUCUGUUGGGCUCUCUUUUUUCUCUCUGUUUCCUGACGUUACUGUCUCCAAACGGUGAUUGUUUCUCCGAAUUGCAAAUUGGUCUCCAUCCUCACUGUUUCCCAAUCUGUAUUUGUUAUCAAGUGUCUUCAUUAUUUCGUCAUGGCGUGUCUUUCUUAACCCGACCCUGUGUUCAUAUUGGAUCUGUAUCGAUCUUUUCUGUUUGAGGUCCCAAUCCUUUUCUCCAAAUCGAUGUUGACAGCGUGCAUUUUAUUGAGAAAUUUCUUUCAGGGGCUAUUCAAUUUAGGAUUUAUCGCGCAUAAACAAUGUUAUUUUAUGUUUUUGUUCGUCUCUCGUUUGUCAGUUGGAUCUUUGGGUUUUCCCCUUUGAGUUCUUAAUCUUCGUUUGAUAAUUUUGAAUCUCUCUGAAUCUAUUUCCGGAUCAUCUUUUAAUAAUCAUUUAUUUGUUUGUUGCACAUAUAUACCUCUGCAUGGUCAAUGCAUGUAACAUUGUAACCUCUCGGGUUUAUGUUUUGUGCAUAUGCUAUUGUGUUUUAUGAUCAAGGUUUUGUAGCACCAUUUCAAUUUGUUAAGGGAUCCAAGGCACUCAAAGGAACUCUGAAAUUAGCAUCUCAUUGAAAUCAUGGGUGCAGAUGUGGAAACUAAGUUGGCUCAUGUCUCGGCUGAGAAUGGAGGUGACAACAACGGUUUUUUGAAGGAAAAUGGUUCUGUACCUAAUGAGACCAUAAAAUUUGGUUCCCAUGGAACAGAGGAACCAAUCAAGGAGGAGAUUAAAAGUGCUCCUACAAUCAACCUUCCCAAGGAUGCCGUUGUUGAGGAUUGGCCUGAACCUCAGCAGAUCCAUUCGUUCUAUUUUGUUAAAUAUCGAUCGUUUGAAGACCAGAAGCUGAAGGCCAAAAUUGAACUUGCUGAGAAAGAACUUCAAAAGAUUUACCAAGCACGAAGCAGGAUGAUUGAUACUUUAAGACCCAAAAAGGCAGCUCGGUCGGAGCUAACUAAUGAAAGGAAGUCUUUAAGUGCUGAAAGACAGCAGUACAGUUCACAGAUGGAUGAGAAAAGAAAAGUGAUGGAACCUUUGCAGCAAGCUUUAGGCAAGUUGCGAGGUGGUGGAAGCAGAGACAGAGAAAGGGGACCUGUUAUUUUUUCAUCUGAAGUUGAGCUCAAUAAUUAUAUUAAAAGUUUGGAGUAUCGUAUUCAACAUGAAAGCAUACUUAUGAGUGAAGAGAAGCAAAUUAUUAGAGAAAUUAAACAACUUGAAGGCACGCGGGAGAAAGUUAUCGCAAAUGCUGCUGAGAGGGCAAAAAUUGAGGAAUCUAUGGGUGAAAAAGAGUCUAUCCAAAGCCAGGUCAAGCUUAUAGGUGUUGAUCUGGAUGGUGUUCGGAAGGAGAAACAAGCUCUUAGUGCUAAGCUUAAGCAAAUUGAUGAUGAGCGUGAUGCCUUGAAUAAAGAUAUUGAUUUGUUGGAGAAGGAAUUGGAUGCAUUGGCUCAAGAAAGGGACAAAAUCAAUGAAAGCAUUGGGGAUUUGAAGAAACAGCGUGAUCAAGGGAAUUCUUCAUUCUUCAAGUACAAGAAGCUCAAUUUUGAAGCCAGACAACUUGCCAACAAGAAGGAUAUCGCUGCUCUGAAAGUGCUUAGUGAAACAGAGGUCGAGAAAUUCAUGACCCAAUGGUGCAAUGACAAGUCAUUCAGAGAUGACUAUGAGAAGAGACUUCUACAAUCACUUGAUAUGAGGCAGUUGAGUAAGGAUGGUAGGAUGAGAAACCCUGAUGAGAAGCCACUGGUGUUGCCGGAGGCACCUCCCGCAACAACCGUGGCAUUGUUAAAAACAACAAACCAGAAGCCAUCAAAGGAAGAUUCAGCUCCUCCACAAUCUGAUGCUUCUCUCCCAGUCUCAAAAGCUCAGAAAGAAAAGAAUAAUAAUAGUAGUAAUAGUAAUAACAGCAAACAACCAAAGGAAGAGACAAACAAAACCAAAAAGAGUUCAUCCUCGGGGGUAAAUGUCCAUAAAGAUGAUGAAGAAGAAAUCCCCGGGGUAACAGAUGUCUCCAAGGAUAAGGAUUCAAGUGUUAAGGAGGACAAAGUUGAUGAAGAAGCUUUGAGGCAGGCAAAAAGAGAGGAAGAGCUUGUGAAAUAUCGGGAAGCAUUAGAGAGGAAGAAGAAAAAGGAAGAAAAAGCAGCUGCUAAAGCACAACUAAAAGCUCAGAAGGAAGCUGAAAAGAAGCUCAAGGACCGUGAGAGGAGGGCCAAAAAGAAGGGGGGUGGAGGUGGUAAUGCCCCCGAUGAAUCAACAGAGGAGGCAAGUGAGAUAACUACUGAGGAUGCUGAACGGGAGAAGUCAGAGGAGAAAGUUGAGACUGCUAUUGAACCGAAGAGCAAAGAGAAGAAGGCGAACACUGUGAGGCAGAGGACACGUGGAAAAGGAUCAUCUGAUAUUCACAAAGUCAUACUCAAACGUAAGAAGGCUAUGAACUAUUGGGUAUGGGCUGCUCCGGCUGCAGCCGUUGCAAUUUUGUUACUCUUAGUUAUAGGGUACAAGUUUUUUGCCCCGUGAAGCCUAUUGCUGGUCGAAAGAUGAGUCAAAAACUUCCAUUUCCAUUUCUCUGGGUAAGACCGAGUCGGAUUUUCCCUGUUUGUUUGAGUAUUCAUUUACUUUGAGAGGAUCAGAUAUACGCAUCUUAUUUUAUUGUUUAUGUUUUGAAAUUUGACUAGUUUCUCAACUCUAUUUAGAUUUAUGUGUUGGAGUAUACUAAAAGUGACAUUUUACUCGAGAACCAAAAGCAUUUUUUACUUCUGUAUGUAUGUAUUGGCAAUAAUUUUAUGUGUAUCAUUAUCACUUUCAUUUUACUCGUUUUAUUUCUC